AUGCCGUCCAAGUUGGAGCUGGACGCGUACGAUUCCAUGAGGCAGACCCGCGCCACUCUGCGCGCCUCCAACCGCGACUUGGCGAUGGAGACGAGCAAGAGCGCGGAGUUCAAGAUGCAGUCCGUGAAGGACCUGAGGAAAAUGCUCACGGGAGCCGACGCCGACGGCGACGGCAGGCUGGACUACGGCGAGCUCGCCAACAUCGACCCGGACCUGUACAUCGACGUCCUCGGCCUGAAGGAUGCCGAAUCGAUGCUGCGAAGGUUCGACAAGAACAGGGACGGCCACAUCGACGCGCACGAGCGCCGCGAGCUGAUCAAGGGGCUCAUACCCAAGCUGAAGGAGGAGACGAUCGCGAUGAGGGAGAGCGGUGAAUUCGUGGCGUCCGGGGUGCUGUGGCAGAACAGGAAAAAGUUCAUGGAGUCGCUGAGGGAGUCGCACGUCAAGGACGUGGAGCACAGCCAAAAGGCUUUUGAAAAGCGAUACUUUGACACGGUGGAGGACGAGGAGACGGCGUUCUUCAGGGUCCGCGUCGAGGAGCUGCACGAUGCGCUGCGCGCACACUGGGAGGGUAAAGACGCCUACAUCGAGCGCGUGAUUCAACAAAAGUGGGAGCUGUUCAAGUCCACGAAGGACACCUGUAAAGACCCGACGGCGCCGCUGACGCCGAAGAUGAGCAAACGCGUCUUCGAGCUUCGGGCUCUGCUGACGAACCUGAGCCGAGCGCGGCAUCCGACGAAGUUCCAGCUCGAGGAGGGCGAGCGAUUCAAGGUUGAGCUGCACGAGCUCGAGGACGAGGCGCACGCGCGACACGCGACGCUUCAGCCGGCGUGGUACAAGCUGAAGGAGCGCGAGUGCAAAGAGGAGCUCAAGGCGAUGAGGGCCAAACACGCGCAGCUCAAGAGGGCGAGCUUCGACAGGUUCUUCGAAUACGUGAACGAGGCUCGUCAGCUUCUGGGCGCCAGGCACGGCGCGUACCACCAGCGGAUGGAACACGCGCACAAGGUUGGCCUGGCGGAUAAGGUCAUCGACGAACUCUGGCACCCGAGGCCGCUGAACAUGCAGCCGACCAUCACGUCCUACUCGCCGCGCAUGCCAAAGCACAAGGGGAGCGGCAACCUGGACAGGGUGGCGAACGGGCUGGGCGCGUACCAACUGGCGCACCACGAGCGAACGCCCAAACCGGAACACAUACUGAGGGUGACGGCGUCGGGGCCACCGAAGCGCCUGGACCGCAAGCUUCUCACGACGAUGUUCUGA